AUGGAUAUUAUUGGCGACGAAAAGCAACUCAACUCCGGGCCGGAGGGACUUCUGAAGAGGGGUGAUUCGUCGGAUCUCCAAUGGACAGAAGAAGAAGAGAAGAAGUUACUGAGGAAAAUCGACUUUGUUGUUAUGCCACUAUUGAUUGCUGGGUUCUUCGCUUUACAGCUAGACCGGGGGAACAUUGGCAACGCUUUGACGGAUAACUUUUUCGCCGAUGUUGGCAUUACGCAGAACCAAUUCAAUGUUGGCCAACAGCUCUUGUCCGUCGGCAUCAUUCUGCUUGAGGUUCGUGGAUCGACCCAUCAAAUCUGUCACUUUGGCUAA